AUGCCAGAUCAACCGUACAUCUACGACCCGCCGACCGCGUCCCGACCACUCUCGUAUCCAUACUCCGAUUUCAAUCCACGAGCUGCGACCCAGGCGCAUUAUGCGGCUUUUCAAGAGCGAGCCGACAGAGCAAAGCGCAGAGCCGCGCAGGAUGGCAAGCCGCUCAUCAACUUCAACGCACACCCAGACAGCUAUAUGAUAGUUGCCAACCCGGGAGUCAACCAUGAGCCUCUUCCGUCGAGUACGAAGAAGAGUAUCAUCUGGACGCGAUGGGUGCAGUUUGCGUUGAGGCUGUUGCAAGAAGUUGGAGCUCUGGGCAUCUUGCCUGCUUGGGACUCGGUCAUUACGAUGUACGCCGUCUACCACCUGCUUCGACCGGCCAAGGGUCGCACUCCUUCGAGCAGUGGCAGCUACCACUUCUUCGCGCUGUUCAUGGAUACCGGCUUGAUUCCAUUCUACAUCUUCAUCGCGCUGUAUGCGAAUCAGAACUACAACCUGCAGCCGGGAGUCGACAAUCGGUGGACCAGCUUCUUCAGCAACAACUUCGCCACUACGUCCGUCAUCUUUGCGACAUUCAUCGCGAGCAUUGUCAUGGCUUCUCUGCAUCUGAUCAGCAUCGGACUCGACCUCUACCUCAUCGUCAUGUUCAGAAAGAUUGCCCGGCUGCCACCCGACAUGAACCCGCUGGAAGACAACUUGACCGGCAGCACUCGUCGCUCGAGGUCGCAGAGGCACAAGCACAAGGAUUCCAACUUGAGCACAGCAUCGACUCUGACUGGCGAAAUGUCCGAGAAGAACAAGGCGUACUACAGCGGAAGCACUCUGGAUGUGACAGACUCUCGAGUAUCGACCGCAAAGGAGCCAGAGGCGAGGACUAUUCCUUGGGGACACAGCAGAAUGGAUUCGGACAACAGCUACUCGCCUCACAAUCCCAACUCUGCACGCCUUUCGCGCCAGCAAAACGAUGAGAUCAGUCUGUACCAGGGUCCGCGCUCCGCUCGCAGCUCUCGCCAUGAUGUUGCACCAGGCCAUCGUUCGCGUGCCGGUACUCUUGUGGAUCCGGCGAAGAGCACAUCCGUCGUCGACUUUGCAGAGACUCCUCCAGUCCCGUCCUUCAAGAACCAUUCACGACCAAAUACCGCUCACCACGACUCGUUCGUGUCAAGCCGAGGAACACCUGAUCGCAUGUCAACCGCGCCAACCACGGACGUGGUCAAGUCUCAGCAGAAGCAAAGCCUCCUCAACGACAACUGGUACGUUCUCGAUGAAGAUGCCGUCUCAGACCUUGGAAGUCCUCGUCGCCAGCAGCAGACCGCAGCACCUCCGUACUCGCAAAACCCAACUCUUCCGAACGUCGAGCUGGAUGAGCUCGACCGUCACGACUCUUUCGAGCAUCAGCCGCUCAAGAUGAACCCUCCUACUCCACCGCCUCAGAUUCAAUACCCAGAAGACGACAAAGAGAACACGCCGUAUGCCAUUCAACACCAGAAUCACUAUGAGAACUACUCGCCCAUCGAGACUGGCGUUGCCCGCACUCUCACCGUCGCAUCUCACGGCACCGCGAACUCCUCCGUCUACUCCGAGUCUGCACCGUCGCUGAAGUCGAACGGCCGUCCAAACAACGGCACGCCAAAGGGCAAGUACUAUGGCGACCUCGCAUCAGCAACGCGCAACAUCCGUGGAGCCGUACCGCUGUCCCAGACGCAGUUCCCGGCGCUUGACCGCGGUGGUGCGCCGGUGGACAAGAAGACUGGCCGUGUCAUCAGUCGGACUGGCGCGGACAUCACGGACGUCGGACUUUAUGCGUCGGAGCAGAGUGGCGGGUAUGGGUUGAGAGGCCGCCGUGAUGUGAGUGGGAAGAUCGCCGAAGAGGGUAGAGGUGAUGACGGCGACCCACACGUCCCGGAUAGCAUCCCGCCUUGGGUGCACGUUAACGACAGCGAUGAAAAGGCGCCUUUCCUCGCGCCAGACCCGGUAGUACCCAAUACGCGCCACUACAAGCCGCCGCCCAAUAAAUACCAGCCUGGCAGGAAGUUGGACCAUUUGAGGACAGCGGAGCCGGGGCUGUUGUCGGCGCCUAUUGCGGACGAGCAGACGAGAUGGAUACCUUUCAUGCAGUCGGGGCCGAACCCGAGGGAAUAUCGCGGCGAGGGAAGAGUCAUGGAUCCAGAGUGGAUGGAGGAGAAUAUGCCAGUGUUCGCGCGGAAGUUCGAAGAGGAGGAUGAGGCAGAUCCGGAGGCAUCGCACAAAGGUCCCUCAGGAUUCAAGGGGAUCAUGUACAGAGGGAAGUGGUUGAUUAGCCCUGAACGACAAGAGAGGACAGUGAAGUUAUUCUGGAGGCUCCUCCUGAAGAACGCAUUCGUCCCCUUGAUCUUCCGGUUGACGGUCCUCGCAUUCUCAUGUGCCGCCCUUGGUGUGUCUGGAUCUAUUUUGCAUAAGGUGGACAAGGUCAACAGAGAUCCUAACCCCGACAAUCAAUGUGCGCCCCGAGCGUCGACAUAUAUGGGCAUUAUUGUCAGCACGAUAGCGAUACCUUACGUCGCGUACGUCACAUGGGACGAAUACAUGAGCAAACCACUCGGCCUCCGUUCCGUGGCCGCUAAAACCCUCCUUCUACUCUGCGACCUCUAUUUCAUUGUGUUUUCGGCCUCGAAUCUCUCCCUCGCAUUCAGUGCGCUUCUAGACGACAGCUGGGCAUGUUACGAAGAAACCUAUCAGGAAGUCGGAAAUUAUGCCAUACGGAUACCCCGGACGUGUCCAAACAAUGCCGCUAUUUGCAGCAAGCAGACAGCCCUGUCGGGCGUCCUGGUCGUGGCUCUCAUAGCCUGGCUACUAUGUUUCAGUAUCUCAGUGUUGAGAGUGGUGGAGAAGUUACGGUUGGAUUACUAG